AUGCAGGACCUUGAAACCUCACCCUUGUUGUCCCCUCGUAACUCCCACGCUGAAUCCCCAGAUCUAGAGAGCCCGCGACUGCAGUCAGUCGACGAUGAGCGAAAAGUCGACAAUGAUGUCCUCCCAGAAACAUCGACAGCCGGUCGGACCAUUGGCUGGGCCAGUGCCUAUGUCCUGGUCAUCUCCAGAGUCAUUGGAAGUGGGAUCUUUGCCAUGCCGGGAACAAUCGUGCAGAAUGUUGGCAGUCCUGGACUGGCCAUGGUGCUCUGGGUCAUUGGAGCCCUCGUGGCAUGGGCUGGACUGGCCAUCGAUAUGGAGUAUGGGUGUAUGCUUCCACGAUCCGGUGGCGUCAAGGUCUAUCUGGAAUACACCUACCGCAAACCACGUUUCCUCACCUCCACCCUAGUCGCUGUGCAGGCGGUGCUGCUAGGAGUCACGGCCAGCAACUGCAUCGUCUUUGCGAAAUACACCCUUUUUGCCGCCAAUGCCAGCCCGGGAGACCUCGCCACAAAGUUACUGGCCGUUGGUCUUCUCACUUUGAUCACCAUCGUGCAUAGCUGCUUCUACCGAACCGGGAUCUGGAUACAGAAUGUCCUGGGCUGGUUGAAAAUCGGAUUGAUCUUGUUCAUGAUCCUCACAGGCUUGUUUGUGGUCAUAUUCCGACCUGAUACGUCUACACGAUCUCCGAAGAGCUCUUCCGGAGCUGCAUGGGACGACCUAUGGAAAGAUUCCAACUGGGAGUGGAACAAUCUUUCGACAGCCUUUUUCAAGGUCCUUUACUCAUAUGGCGGAUUGAGCAACAUCAACAACGUCCUAAAUGAGGUUAAGAAUCCGGUCAGGACGAUCAAAUCCGUGGGUCCCGCCGCAUUACUGACGGCUUGCUUUAUGUAUGUCCUCAUCAAUAUUGCAUACCUUGCAGUGGUGCCCUUGGAAGAAGUCAAGCGCAGCAGGGAAUUGAUCGCCGCUCUCUUCUUCGAACGUGUCUUUGGGGCUGGGUUCGGAGACAAGUUUCUCCCUCUUGCCAUCGCCCUCAGUGCCGCAGGGAAUGUCAUGGUGGUUACAUUCGCCUUGGCUCGAGUCAACCAAGAAGUAGCGAGACAAGGAUUUCUUCCCUUCGCAGAGAUUCUGGCAUCAUCCAAACCAUUCGGUUCGCCGAUGGGUGGGCUGAUUGUUCACUACGUUCCUUCAGUGCUGGUUAUUGUUUUGCCACCUUCUGCAACGGUGUACUCCUUCAUCGCCGAUGUUGAAGGCUACGCCAGUCAGUUUUUGGCCUUGGCUGUUGGUGCAGGACUACUCAUUCUACGACUUCGAAAACCAGACCUUUACCGGCCAUUUAAAGCAUGGAUUCCUGCAGUCUGGCUAAGAAUCCUACUUUGUCUCUUCCUGAUAUCAGCACCGCUGUUUCCCCCUAAGAAGGGUACAGCGGAUGUGAAUUUCUUUUAUGCAACUUAUGCACUCGUGGGCUUGAGCAUUUACGUUUUUGGAAUCGGUUAUUGGUUUAUAUGGACCAUCGUUUUGCCGCGCUACAGUGGCUAUAGACUGGAGGAGGAAGCCGACAUCCUCGGCGAUGGAACAACCAUCACCAAAUUGAUACGCAAGGAGCUAUAA